GUACCUGCGGAGAAAGUAACGAAGUACUUUUAGUGAACUACAGUUUUCAGGAUUCAGAUCCGACAGUAAGAGAGGAAGCUCUCCCCGCUUCUGUCACACCUGGUAGAGACCAGAAACACCACACCUGGAUCACAGACAUGGAGAUGACAGCUGAGGAACAGCAGCAGGUGGAGGAGCAGGUGGAGAGGCUGCUGAGUGGGCAGGGGUCAGAGGUCACUGUGUGUGAUGUGGGCCUGGAGCAGAGCAAACCCGCCACUCUGAGGAAGAACGUCACCUACAUCGUCUGUGCUGUCAUCUUCAAUGAAAAGGAGGAGGUGCUGAUGGUCCAGGAGGCCAAACCGGACUGUUACAAACAGUGGUAUCUUCCUGCUGGGAGGGUGGAGGUGGGAGAGAGCCUGGAGGAGGCAAUGAAGAGGGAGGUGAAGGAGGAGGCGGGGUUUGAAAGUGAGCCAGUCACCUUGCUGCUCAUCCAGGAGCAGGGACCUCAGUGGAUCCGUUUCAUCUUCCUGGCCAAGGUCACAGGGGGAAGUUUAAAGAGUCUGUCAGCAGCAGAUCAGGAGUCUCUUCAGGCCUCGUGGUGGGACAGACAUUCAGAGCUCCAACUCAGAGGGCGGGACAUCCUCCGCCUCAUCGAAUCUGGACUGAAGUACCGUCUGAGUCCCUGCCAUCCUGUCACGCUACCCUUAGACCUGAGCUGCCGUCACGUGGUGCAGAGACUCAUGUUGGUCUUCGUCGGUGCUGAGGAGCACAUCUGGGUUCUGCUCAUCAGAGCCCCGGAGCCCCACCUCCCAACAGCGGCGGCGGUGAGGACCCACGCGGUGACCUGGGCGGCCAACAUGGUGGUGCAGGAAGCCAUGCAGUCGGCUUACUACGACCAUGAUGUCAACACGCUGGGCGUGCUCAGUCUGCAGCACAACGGCCGACAGAAUGGCAAGACGGACGGCGUGUGCUUCAACACACUGGUGGCGCUGACGCCUGACCACGUCCAGCGCGAUGAGGACGGGCGCAAGGUGGAGUGGACACCGACGGGGCAGCCUCCGCGUGUGGAGCACCCUCGCUACGUCUGGCAUGAAGUCCAGAAACAAACGCUGAGGGAGAAACUGCUGGAGAAAACCAGAAACUCCGCCCUGGUACCGAUCCACAGCCUGUACUGACCGCCGGCGCUGGGCGUACAGGGACGACACCAACUGUACUCUUUGACAAGAACGAGAAGUUUUAGGUUUUAUUCUGAAAGGCAAUCUAUGCCAGUAACUGCAGCAAUAAAAUGAAAGAUGAUGACUGUCAGGGAAUCACUCCGACCGCCCCCAGACUGGAGCUCCCGGGGUCGUCGGGGGCGGUCCAGGGUGGGGGGAGGGACCUCAGAGCCUUACUGGUCCUCUAUCAUGUAGAUUACGAGUUACUGAUUUGUUGUGAAAUUCUGUCUUCAGCUGAUUAAGGACAUGUCCAGCAUCGCUCACUGACCUGUGGAGAAGCUGAUCAUCUGCUCGCUGCUCUUGACGAAGGCGGUCGCACUUUUCUCCUCUCCUCCUCCUCUCCCUUAUCUUCCCUGCUUAGC